AUGUUCACCAAUGUGCUGGAGGAGGAGCAGCAAAAAAGAGCUGAAACUUGCUUAAUGCCCAGUAUGGCGGCCCUCAUGCGCGAAUCCAUGGAGGACGGAAGAUUCUGGUUUCAUGAGUUAAUAUACUCCUGCUUCGAAGCGCCCGACAGCCAUGCUUGGCUUGCUCUUCGACAGCUUCUAUCUUCUAUUGAUGAGCUUGUGACAGUUGCCAGCCCUGAGGUUGAACUGUUUGUGAACAGCAAGAUGGAGCAGCUAAACCAGUAUAAUGUAGAAUGGGCGGCAAUGAAAGAGGAGCUUGAUAAAAAGGAGGUGGACUUCCAAGCACUGCAGGCAAGUGUAGAGGAGGAUGCAGUUUAG